AUGGAUGGUGCUGUGGUAGAAUGGGUUACCGAAGAGGACAAUUAUGAGUGCAAACUUUCCAACGAAACAAAAAUACUUGCAAAGGAUGAGCUCAGAGAAGAUAAGAAUACACGCGAUCAAGCACUAGAGCAGAUGCGUAGUUGGAUAAAAUUAAAUCCACGUAUUAAAAAUUGUCGACUCGAUGCACAAUUUUUAUUGAGAUUCUUACGAUGCAAAAAGUUUAACGUACCUAUGGCUCAAGAAACUAUCGAACGAUAUCUUCUCUUACGUCAAGUUUAUCAUCCUGCAUUUACUCAUUUGGAUGUAAUGGAACCAACGAUGGAGGAAUUACUUUCCUUGGGAUAUCUAUUCGCCGCACCAGGUCGCGAUCACAAAGGUCGUCGUGUUAUCAUUGCCAGACCAGGUGUUUUUGAUCCGCAUAAAUAUACAAACGCAGAUAUGUGUAAGAUACACGCUAUUACUUAUGAAGCUUUGAUGGAAGACGAGGAGAGUCAAGUUCGUGGAUUUGUUCAUUUUGCUGAUGGCGCUGGUGUCAGCUUUCCUCAUCUUACUUUGUUUACACCUAAGGAAGCUGUUCGCAUUGUUAAAAAUGGAGAACGUACAGUACCGAUGAGACACAAAGAAGUUCAUGCUAUCAACGCACAUCCAUCUUUGAAGUUUGCCCUUGAUUUUGGAAUGUCCUUGAUAUCCGAGAAAAUAAAAAGCCGUGUUAAAAUCUAUACUAGUCUGGAAGAUGCAUUAAAUAACAAAAUGGAUGCUAGUAUGUUACCUAAAGAAUCUUUGGCGACAAGAACUAUUAGAAAUAAGACCGAUAUUGUUAAGUCAUGA